GUGAAGCGCUCAGUUCACAUUCAGGCUGUGGCCGGGACGGACACGAAGAGGCCGGGGCGAGAUUGCAUUGCCAGACGUCGCAAGACCGCUCGCACUCCGCGAUGACUGACCACGAGUUUGAGCGCGCCGAGAAGGGCAAGCGGCGCCAGCAUUGCACGUAUUGCAAGAACCACGGGCGGACGGAGAGGAAGACGAACCACAAGUGCCAGUUCGAGACGUGUGAGUGCCUCCUGUGCAAGUUGACGAGGCUCUCGCGCCUGAUCAUGAGGCACCAGCAGCGUCUCUGGCGGCAUCUGAAGGACACGAAGAGGAGGGAGGACGAGGCUGAAGGAGGAGGAGCAGGAGGAGGAGGAGGAAGUGGUGGGGGUGGAGGAGGAGGAGGAGGAGGAGGAGGAGGAGGAGGAGAGGGAGGAGGUGGCGGAGGGAUGGGGGCGGCGACGUCGACGAAGCAACAGAAGUGCGACAUGUGCCGGAAUCACGGGGACCUGAAGAGCAAGCGAGCCCACAAGAAUACUUGCCCUUAUCAGCACUGCACUUGCGCCCUCUGCUCGCUCACUCGCAAGCGCCGGGAUAUCAUGCGGCAUCAACAGCGUGUUCGGAGGUCUCAAGUCACAACCCAACAGCGCGACGAGGCUUACGACUACGUAACACAGGCCACGGCCGAGUUGGCACAGCUGAGCAUGAACAACCAAGUCUCCUCCUCAGGCCGCUCUUCCUCUUCUCCCGUGACGUCCUCUUGCACUGUGUCUUCCCCCGUCGUUACUACAACUCCCUCCGCCUCUUCUUCCUCCUCUUCGUUCUCCUCUUCUUCCUCCUCUUUCUCCGACGCCCCUUCUUAUACUUUAGCGCCCUCUCUGAAGCCUUCUUCUUCUUCGUACCCCACCUCGUCCUACACUUCCCCCUCGACCCCUAUCUCCCACCCCAUUCCCGGCCCUUGCAAGACCCCGACCGUCAUGCCCGAACCCCCACCGCUGUUCGGUGGUUCAUACGCCGACAGGCAAGGCAUCUGCGUCUCAGAUUCCCUCUUCCUCCAGGAACCGCUGAACCCUUCCCCCCCGCUGGCCCUCGCGCCCGAAGCCCGCAGGAACAGCUGGACUGUAGUGUCACCGCACAUCAAGGCUUCGAGGGUGAUGGACACACCCCCCCAGGGCCCCAUGGACACCAAAUGCGUAGGCUCACUAGACGCAACCGACUCGGUGCUCUUGGACACUAAGCCGCACGGCCUGGCGAAUGCCACUCCCCCCGCCCUUAUGGAGGCAAAGACGGAGAGCCGGAUGGAUUUUCAGAGUCCAGGAUUCAUGGACGCAAAGCUUCCGAGCUCCCCUGGCUCCCUGGCGCCCUACGACCCUGCCUCCCUGAGAUUAGACCUGGGGACCACCACGGCCUGGAGGAGCCUCAAGCGAGACAGGCACGAGGAGGACGCACCGGGAACCAUCUCCUUCCGGGAGAACAACGACCUCUUCAGGAAUCUCGACUUCAUGAGGAACAGCGACCCACACCCUCGGCUGGAGGUCGGGCGGGGCGAAGUGGGCCCCCACGAGGCCAUGCCCGGACUGGACUACGCACCUUGCCAUGUGCCAUCCUGCUCGUCGCCGGGCUUCAGAGCCCCUCACAUCGCGCCUCCGGACUUUGGGAUGACGCUGGCGACGCCGCAGAAGAAGACCCGGCUGGCCUUCGCGCACGACUGCUUUCCUCCUCGAUUCACCUCCCGGCUGUGGCCUCCCGCACCCUUCCAAGCGAGGGUCGGGACCUCGCACGACCUCCACUGCUAUCGGAGAAUGGGCGUCGCCACGACUGAGCUCCCGUUGGCAGCGCCUUCGCCGCUCAUGCCCCUUCCGCACCAGCACCAGCUCCUCCGCCCGCAGCCCCUCACGCCCCUGCCGCCCCCUCUGCCCUCCGCCAUGGACUGGGAUCCCGUCAACCUGCCCUAUCUGGCUUACUCCCUCCUACAGAGCCGCGGCUACACCACAACCGUGCCCUCGGCUACCUCUUUCACCCUGGGUCGUGUCGCGGCCUUCCUGCACCCGUCUGUACCCUAGCAAUGCCCUCCCUGCACCGUCACUGGAAUGCACAGACAUUCACGUACUUACGUUUUACCGCAUCAUCGCCCUUCUCGUACCCCCCUUCCCAAAGACGUGCCCAGUUUCUUUCCAUAUACUCACUAUACGCACACGGAUCCUGAUCGAUGUCUCCCUGUAGUCAUCCACACCCACUGACCGCCCCUUUUUGCCUUCCUCCGUCCCUCCGUGCUUUCCCUUGCACACUUCCGUGUCCUAGUCGUGCCCCCCGUCGCCCCAGCGUGGCCUGACGAUGCCCUUCCCAUCACCAUCGAUCCUCACAUAUCGUCCAGUAGGAAAAUAAGGAUGCGAAGGCAAGUUAGGCUCGUACUCCCCGCUGUUUACUGGCGGAAAAAAAGUCUGCAUUUUUUAAAACUAUCCUUUUAUAUCACAAUGAUCUGUGAUAAGAUGAUCCUCUCGCGCAACCACUGAAAUCAAUGAAUUCGAGAGAUGUGAUUGUGAUUAACUCUUGAUAUCUAGUUGUAUAAAUUCUAAGCUAAUGUGACGAAUAAGAGAGUAUGGGCAGCUACUGAAUGGAAAUUUGGUUUCCACUGCAGGAAGUGGACUGUAUAUAUUUUUCUUCCCCGUUUCUUAUUUGCUCCACGUUAAAGAAUAAGAAAAUAAAGAGACAGGAAUGGUGGGGCUUCUUUUACACAAUCUCCUCCAUUUUAGAAGAGCGAAUGCUAUUGCUGUAGCGUGCUGUCCUUGAGUUACAUGGGAUCGCUAGAUUCUUGCAUUUUUGUCAUACACAUA